AAUCAUUUUUUUAUUGCUUUUGUAUUCUCUUCUUCCAAUUGUCUGGUAAGAGCAAAAGCAAGAAAACAGCAAGUAUUUUGCCUUAUUGGAAUAUUCCACCUUAAUUAAAGACUUUUCAUUUGUCUCUCCCUCUUCAAACUCUAUACAACUGACCGUACACUGUACACACACACACACACACACACACAAACAGAUAGUCAAAAUACAUUAUGAAAUAAAGAAACCAAAAGCCCAAUCAGCUUCUGCUUGCUUUUACUCAUUAUGUAAUUUCAUGUUUCAGAAAACCUUAAAGAUUGAAUUUUGUGUUCAAAUCUCCAAAACCCAUCACUCAUUUCUCUCUAAAAAUUGAAUCUUUGAGCUUAAUUUCUCUUGUUUGCUAUUUUGUUGGGCUGAAAUUUCUUGAAACCCUCUUCUCAUUUUCUCCAAGAACGCAUCUUUUUACAUUUUUCACUCCUUUUCUGCAAAUUCAUGUGUAAAAAUAGACAUUCUUGAGGGUUUGGUCAAUAUUGUUUGGAAGCUGUAAAGAAAUUAAAAAGAAAAAAAAAUGUCUGAAGCAGCAAAAGUUCGUUUAGUUCGUUGCCCAAAGUGUGAGAAGUUAUUACCAGAAGUUACUGAAUAUUCUGUUUAUGAGUGUGGUGGUUGUGGUACUGUCUUAAGAGGUGUUGACUCCGAUACAUUCUCGGUCAACUCCGAGGAUGAGAGAAUUGGAGCUUCCGUAGAGAAGCUCUCCGAAAGAUUCGAUAAAUCAACAAACGUAUCCGAUAGAAGAACACCACCACCGGUGGACCCCCCCACAGCCAUCACCAAUGGCUACGAAAGCGAUGUUCAGUCAAACGUUAGUUCAUCGAGCCGAAGGACCUAUCGUGAGAGAUCCGAAACCAAGAGGACUAGUUUGACAAAUAAAGAAGAAAAUCGGGGAGUCGAUGCAAAUUAUGUAAUCCAAGACAAACCGAAAACCGCUCAAGGCUUGGUCGAUGGACUACACAAUCUCGAGUACAGCGGAGAACAAGAUCGAGAGGAGCUCCUGAAAAAAUUGGAUGAGCUGAGGGAUCAGUUGGCCAAGGGUAAAGAAAAAGGCCCGGUUGAUAAUCGAAGGGGGCCACCGCCCCCUCAAGAUCCUUACGAUGCUCCGUAUCCCGAUAAACAGUUUAGAAGGCCGACUGGUCAGCAUCAAUAUGCAGAUCCGCCACCACCACCACCACCUUAUAAUAUGCACCGUCAAGAAAUCGGGGGCGGCAAUGGUUUUUAUCCUCCGCAAUACACUCCAAAUCACGUGCAUGGAUAUCCGGAUCCUUCGCGGCCCCACAUGCACAGACAAGAUCCUUAUCAAAUCUCAUCUUCCCGUUCGUAUAUGUCUUCCGGACAUUACAUGGAGGAUGAGGUCAUCGAACCGUAUCCUCGUACUUUUAGCCAUCAUCAAAAUCCUCCACGUCAUCAUCCGUCUUGCUCGUGUUACAAUUGCCACAACGAGAGACGAGGGUACCCCACCCCUAACCCUAUUCUCCCUACUUCUUACAGCAGUAAGUACUCUAAUGCAUCGAACGAUAGGGCUGCUUUCCCUUACCACGAUUAUCCUGGUUCGUUCGGUUCACGAGAUAAUAAUAAUCAUCACCACAAAUUCUCCAACCCUGCUUCGAUAAGAUCUCAUAUUGCUCCUCAAUCACACUCGAGAUGGCCGAGUGAUGUGGGUUCUGAAGUGGAUGGUUUUGCCCGUCGGCCGCCUCCGAGAGUUCGUUUAGCCACCUCCGCCGCGAAGCACUGCCGCCCGAUUGGCGGCGGUGCUCCGUUUCUGUCAUGCUACAAUUGCUUCAUGGUGCUGCUUUUGCCUAAGAAAAUUCUUGCACAGAGUAACAAACGAAAGCAAACGAAGUGUGGGGCUUGCUCUACAAUCAUUGUUUUUUCGGUUUCAGACAAGAACUUGGUCGUUUUAUUCGACGAAGAGCCUCUAGAAAACCCAGUAGAAGUUGACAAGAAGCGUGUUUCGCUAUCGAAACACGAAGAUAUGCAUCAUAUGAACCAAGUUAGGGCCCGCCAUUCUACCUCCGAGGCGAACGGAAAUUCCGCUUCAGCUAAUAAACCGUCGAAUGAGGUUAAACAGGCCCCACCUUCUUCGGGCUCGUCUCUUCUAGACCACUUCGAAUAUUCGAAUAUAUUUCAUGCAGCGGCGAAAAGUGGCGGUGGAGAGGAAAAUAAAAGUGGACGCUCCGAACAGCACGAGAAAGUAGUGUUGCCGAACAAGCCUAAUAAUAAUAAUAAUAAUAAUAAUAAUAAUAAUAAUAAUAAUAAUAAUAAUAAUAAUAAUAAUAAUAAUAAUAAUAAUAAUAAUAUUAUCAAGCAGAUGGUGAGGGAAGUGUCUUCAGCGACUGAGAUAAGUUUGCCUUCGAACGAGUACAAAUAUAGUAAUACGGGGACAACCUUUGACUCGGCCGAACCAAGCAGAGAUGGUCAGAGUCAAUUAGCUGCUGCGCUUUUUGAGGGAUAUACAAGUUCAAGAAGACCCGGGGAAUCUUUCGGAGAGGAGGUUUGUAAUGUUACUGUUAACGGGCAUUUAAUACAGGAUCGAUUGAUCAAGAAAGCCGAAAAAUUAGCUGGAACUAUCCAGCCUGGAAAUUACUGGUACGAUUUUCGGGCGGGAUUCUGGGGUGAAAUCGGAGGUCCUUGUCUCGGCAUAAUUCCUCCGUUUAUAGAGGAAUUUAACUACCCUAUGCCAGAAAAAUGUGCCGGUGGAAAUACGAGUGUGUAUAUAAACGGAAGGGAAUUGAACCAGAAAGAUUUGAGUUUACUCGGAAAUCGAGGGCUUCCGAAGGAACCAAAUAAAGCAUACAUUCUGGAAAUUUCCGGAAGAAUCAUUGACGAGGAUACUCACGAGGAGUUGGAUAGCCUAGGCAAACUUGCUCCAACUGUGGAGAGGCUGAAGCAUGGAUUCGGAAUGAGAGCAACAACGAAAGCAGCUUAAUUCAUUUUUUUUAUCCAGUGAAAAAGGAUUGAAAGCAAUAUUGAAUGCCGCAUGCAACUCUUGAUGUUUUACUGUGUUCGGUUUAUGGGUUCGUAUUUGUGAUAUCGGGCAUCUUCGACGUGUAAAAAUUAGUUUGAUGUCAUUUAUUUUUUAUUUUUUUUAUUUUUUUUAUUUUUAUACAAAUCCGGGAAACAAGAAUGGAAUUGAAUCCUGGGAGAAAGAAAAAAAAAACAGAUAAUCCACAAAUAGUGGAUUUGUUAUUUGUUUUUUUGGUCAUUGAUUGGGCUGAAAAGUUGUGAUUUUUGUGAACUAAGGGAUGGGAUUGUAAUUUUAUAUUUAUUGAUGGACAUAAAUGUAAAUGUAUUUUUCUGAUGUGAACAUAUUUUGCAAGGA